AUGGUCAUUACCAGCCUUCUGAAGGACAGUGAAACGGUCGGAAGAGUCGGCAAACACACGCGUCUUCCUCGUGAUGACUGCAACUCUGUUCCAAUGGCAGUAUGGCUUGACCUGACUCCGAACACCACAGGCUGGUCCUUGGUGGAUACAGGACGGCUUAAUGAGGUGGUCCAUGGCAUGUAUCAUCCUCGAACCCAAUACCCGUCUGUUGUAUAUUUCUCCGGAAAUGGUAAUCGUCUCCAUGCACUAAGAGCGCUGUUUCCUCACAAUAACAUCACACGGAAUGGGCCAUCUGGCCUGUGUAGAUUGCACGUUAGUACUGGAACUGCUUCCACUGAAAACCCCUUGUUAUUUGCGGAAGGGAACCUUUUCACCCAUUCAUCUUUGGGAGACUCAAAGUCAACCAGGACGGCAGCAGAGAAAAGUCGAGAAUGUCGAAUUCAAGGAAGCGAGAGCUUUUCCGCGGCAAAUAUCUCAUCACAUGUCGUUGCUCGCGCGAUUCUACCCUGGACGAAUAUCCUGUGUCUUUUUGUAGAUACGGUUGCAGAGCUCAAAGGCGCUCGACGGCUCCUUGAUAUUCAACGAGACGAAUAUACAAUUGGGCUUCAGCCUCUCCCUCAUCUAAUGCGUGUGAUUAUUGUCACUACCGGAAAUAGAGAUUGUGAUAUUGGAAAGGGCGACAGAAGCCUCAUGCAGCAUCAGGAAGUGAAGGAAUUCUCAUCCGAUGUCCAAUUUCUUGACCUACGCCAUCGUUCAGGGCUGUCAUCAACUGCAGCAUUCGAGCCGUUGCGACGUAUCGUGCUCGAUGAGAUCCAGACAAAUAACGCCGCACGAAUGGAUCGUGGGACACUAUGGUCUGCGUGGCAUCUGAAUCAACUGUGGAACCAUUCUAUCCAAUCUGUCGCUAAGGAACAAAAAUCACGCAUGGAUUGUCUUCAGGUAGCAAGAAAGUAUCACUCCAUUGGGGCGUCUUUCAGGCAGCAUUUAGUAGAAUACAUGACGAUAGUGUCCCAAGGGAGUUGCUCUAUGACUGAGAUCUCUCGCUUUAUGGCUUCAGCAUUUUUCAUGAGUGCUUAUCCCCCUGGAAUGCAUUGUUUUGAUCCGGAGACUGUCUUCUGCUCUUUGUACGGCGCGGAUUGCCUCGACGCAUGGAUUCAUAAUAGAGCAGUAGAACCCAGUAUUGGAGUAAGAGAGACACUGAAGCAGUUCAAAAAGCUUUUUGCUGCACUGAGCGAGACAAAUUCAUCCGCGAAUGUUCGAAAGGAGGUCUCCACCGGGUUUUGUCGAGUAUAUAGUGGUCUCCGGUCCACCACGACUUGCUUUUCGUGCAUGUGUCGGCAACCAGAGCAUAUGUUGAGAUGUGGUCAUGCAAUAUGCGAUGUCUGCGUGGUAAUCUAUGGAAGAAUAUCUUUGAAGACAGAGUAUCAUACCGAUCUCACAUCAUGUCCGCUGUGCGGGCAAUCAAUUGAUAUGACUGUGCGAAGGCUUCCACCCACCAAAGGACCCAUGGUAAUAAGCCUAGACGGAGGCGGAGUCCGUGGACUUAUGACGCUAGGUCUUCUUCGUGCUCUUGACAAGAGAUUGGGUGGCCAUAUAAGCUUACCUCAGGUUUUCGAUUUAUGGGUAGGAACAAGUGUUGGCUCGCUUUGUCCCAUUGACCUGGUUUUCAAUGGGUCCUCGGUGGAGCAGAGUUUUCAAAAAUUUCCAGACUUGGCCCGAAAAGUCUUCAACUCGGUGAAUACCAGUAAAAAGGCAUCGGCGAUUCUUACUUUGGCAAAAUGGAUGAAAUAUUUGGCUGGCUACAUCUCCGACAGUUUUUAUGACUCCGAAAAGCUCGAAAGCACGCUUCGAGCCGCAAUGGAUCCUACGCGCAAGAUGUUUGAUGUUUCGCUACCUGGCUACGCUGGCUGCCGAGUUGCCAUUACGACAAGUCAGACUACGGAUGGAAAAGUUUGCGUUUUUGCUAAUUAUCGUGGGGUUGGUCGACGAGAGGGAAAGUGUUCAUAUCGUUUUAUCGUCCCUAAAGACGCGAAUGAUACCCAUUUUCUGUGGGAAAUAUAUUUCCAAGCAAAGACGCUUCCAGGUCUCGGUUCAUUCCAGGAUGGAGGCCUGGUCGCUAAUAACCCUGGCGCUAUUGCUCUAGCGGAAUCCGCGAAUAUAUGGCCCCGAAAAUGGCCUGACCUCUUUCUCUCCGUUGGAACAGGGUCCGGAGUCUCAAAUUUGGGACUUCAGGUCCCUUUUCAGAAAAUUUUGACCAAUCGCGCAAUCGCUCGCAGCGUUCGAGCAGCAAUGUUUUCUGGGUCCAUGGAUGGGGAACAAGGUUUCCAUGAUUUCCUCAAUUGCAUACCGGCGAACAUGCAGCUUGCCAUUUUCCGCCUGGACCAUCCAUAUCCUGGACCGCUGCCUCGACUUAACGAGGUUGAGAAAUUAGAUCAGAUGGAGUCGAUACCAUAUAACGUUCCAGAUGUACUAGUCCGGGCUGUUUUGGCGACUGCGUUUUUCUUCGAACUGGACCAGCAACCGAUAAGAAAUCAUAGAUCUCUUUAUUGUGAAGGGUCAAUCCUGUGUUCCAGAAGCCAAGCCCAAGGCCUUUUGAGUAGCGUUACUGCGGAAUUUCCAGGCGCGAGGUUCCAGUCCGAUCAAGGCUCUCACCUUGGAUCUGUCAAAGAACACGACGGCUGCCAUGCGUGUGGCUACUUUCGGAAGAAAGUAUCAUUCUCUCUCACAAGCCUUGAGCAGAUAUUCUCCAUAGCUAUUGUGGGAUCUACGUCUCAUCAUAAUAUUGGUGGCUUUCCAAAAUCAAUUCAAGACCUUCUCGAUGAACAGUUGGCCGAUGCCCAUUUUGGAACCCCAGAUCAUGUGGUCGGUCACUGGCCUCCUAAUCGAGCAUGCUACUGUAACAGGCAGAAAAAGCGACGAGUUCAGUUUAUUGAACCAGGUUUAAAAUUCAAAAGACGCCGACUUUAA